GUUUUUGUGAGGGAGGAGUUGAUUGAAUCCAGCAAGCAUGUGACCCACGCUGUCUGUUUUUAAUAUAUAACUAUGUGCGGAUCUUACACUUAUCACAUAAGCAUGGCUUCCUCAACAGCGUUCUUCUCUCUCCUCUUUCUACUGUCUCUCUCGUUCGCCGCAACCAUCAGAUCCGAUCCUGAUGCGGAGUGCGUGUUUACGGUGUACGUUAGGACGGGAUCGGUGUUGAAAGGGGGAACGGAUUCCAAGAUCGGAUUGAAGCUAUACGACAAGUACGGUUACUACAUCUACAUCAACAACCUCCAGGCCUGGGGAGGCUUAAUGGGCAAGAACUACAACUACUUCGAACGCGGCAACCUCGACAUCUUCAGCGGCAGGGGACCGUGUCUCGAAUCACCUGUAUGCGCCGUUAAUGUCACCUCCGACGGCGCCGGUUCUCAUCACGGAUGGUACUGCAACUACGUCGAGGUCACCACCACUGGGCCCCACGUCUCCUGCAAUCAAGAGCAGUUCGAAGUGGAGCAGUGGCUUGCUGAUGAUACCGUUCCCUAUCAGCUUUGGGCCGCUAGGAAUAAGUGCAGGUACAGCUUGGACCAGGCCCGCCCCAGGCCCAACCAUGGAGGAGCUAGUCUGUCCAUGUCUCUAUGAUGUGCCUCCGGUCAGUGCUGUUUUGUUGUUGUAAUGCUUGAAUGCUUCGGGGCAACUUUGGGAGCUUUUCCUUUAGGCAACACUCUACUGUUUUGCGAGUCUUUGUAAUGUUGCCUAAUAAUAAUGAAAUGAAAAAUGAUCUUUUUGUGAGUC